UAGUGCGCGUCCCCGUGAUCAGUCUCGCCACAGAAAACAAAGCUGCACGGCUUCCAUUACAGCCAGCAGAACUCUGCGAAGAUCUGCACAGAGACAUCUGAAAUAUCGUUCAUAAGAUGGAUCUACGGUUAAUUUAGGGACCGCAGAUACAGAGGCCUGCUUGGAGGACAGUAAGACAGCAGGACACUCGCUAUAUUGACAAAACAUUUUUCCGGACUGCUUUGUCUUGGCCAGCUAGCAAGCCAUCAUUGUCGUUUCUGUUGCCAGCCAUCCAGCUAGUCUCUGCUAGCUGAACAGCCACGGAAAACAGCGCCAUGUUGUUGUCAAAAAGGGCUUGUUAGGAAGACAAAUCUUGACUUAAAGGCGGAACAUUUCCCCACCAGGACUCUCCGUUUUGCUUCAGGGAUCCCGAAUCUGUGCUCCAGUGGCGGAGCCAUCGGACUGUUGUCAAUCGGCGACAUGGCGGAGCAAAGCUACUCCUGGGCUUAUUCCCUUGUGGACUCCAGUCAGGUGUCCACCUUUCUCAUCUCCAUCCUUCUCAUCGUUUAUGGCAGCUUCAGAUCAUUAAAUAUGGACUGCGAGAACCAGGAAAAGGACAAAGAUGGGAAUCCCACGACGAGCUCCUUCAACAACAGUAAUUCAAGCAACAGUAUUCAGACCAUAGACUCCACACAGGCACUGUUCCUGCCCAUCGGGGCGUCGGUCUCCCUGCUCGUCAUGUUCUUUUUCUUCGACUCGGUCCAGGUGGUCUUCACCAUCUGCACUGCAGUGUUAGCCACCAUUGCGUUUGCAUUUCUCCUGUUGCCAAUGUGCCAGUACCUAACCCGACCUUGCUCUCCACAAAACAAGAUCUCGUUUGGCUGCUGCGGUCGUUUCACCCUGGCCGAACUUCUCUCCUUCUCCCUCUCAGUCCUGCUCGUGCUCAUAUGGGUGCUGACGGGACACUGGCUUCUUAUGGAUGCCUUGGCCAUGGGUCUGUGUGUGGCCAUGAUUGCCUUCGUGCGGCUGCCCAGUCUGAAGGUGUCGUGCCUGCUCCUGUCGGGCCUGCUCAUCUAUGAUGUGUUCUGGGUCUUCUUCUCGGCGUACAUCUUCAACAGCAACGUGAUGGUGAAGGUGGCCACGCAGCCGGCCGACAACCCGCUGGACGUGCUCUCGCGCAAGCUGCACCUGGGCCCCGGCGUGGGCCGCGACGUGCCGCGCCUCUCGCUGCCCGGCAAGCUGGUCUUCCCCAGCUCCACGGGCAGCCACUUCUCCAUGCUGGGCAUCGGCGACAUCGUCAUGCCGGGCCUGCUCCUCUGCUUCGUGCUGCGCUACGACAACUACAAGAAGCAGGCCAGCGGCGAGGCGGCCGGCGGCGUCCCCGGGGCGCCGGGCACGGCCAACGUCGGGCGCAUGCAGCGCGUCUCCUACUUCCACUGCACGCUCAUCGGAUACUUCAUCGGGUUGCUGACGGCCACCGUGGCAUCUCGUAUCCACCGCGCGGCCCAGCCCGCCCUCCUCUACCUGGUGCCCUUCACACUGCUGCCUCUGCUGACCAUGGCCUACCUGAAGGGCGACCUGAGGCGCAUGUGGUCCGAGCCGUUCCACGCCAAGGGCACCGGCUCCCGGUUCCUGGAGGUAUGAUGCGUCACGGGGAGAGACAGCGAGAAGGGAGGCAGCCAUGCGACCACCACCACCACCACCACCCGACCGGACCCGACCGGACCAGACCGGACGUUCCCAACAACCCCCCCCCCUGCCCCCUGCCCCCUGCUCCCUCCUUCUGGCCACCCUUCACACACUUCGAGCAAGAAAAGAGAGAGAGAGAGAGAGAGAAGAGAGAGAGAGGAGCAGCACAUACACGCAAGAGGGUAAGAGGGAGGAAAAAGCAAGAGGACAUCUCUCUUCCUCCCUCCCUCGCUCUCUCCUCCAUCAUUUUCUUUCCGCCAUUCUGCUGUCGUUUCUUUUCCUCCGACGCACCAGGACCAGGAGGAUGGAGGGAACGAGGGAAUGACACACCAAACCCAGCAGAUGGGUGGAUGGAUGGGGGGAAAUAGGGAGAAAAAAAACGAAAGGAAAGGGGAAAAAAACGCUGCAGCUCUCGUCGGAUCUCCACUGCCAAGCAAACUCUGUUUUUUACUCCUCUCUUUUUUUUGUCCCUCAUCCCCCCUCUUUACACUUCCACCCAUCAGUCUCACCCUUUCUCAACUCAUUUCUUUCUUUACUCUCCUUCUCUCUUUCUCCUAUUUUGUUAAGUGGUGCUCUCUACCUCUUGCCAUCUCUCUCUCUCUCUCUCUCUCUCUCUCUCUCUCUCUCUCUCUCUCUCUCUCCCUCCCUUUCAGUUUGGUUUGCAUCAGCGUACCUCUCUCUCUCUCUUGCCCAUCCCAUGUCUCUGACCCCCUCGCCCUGUUGUUGUUUCUGCUGAGUUCAUCGAGGCUUGACCUCCCUUCUGGACUGGAUGGCUUAAUGCGACUGAAGACUGAAUCGCCUCCAGCUCACAUGGUGUUGUUAUAAUAAUUAUUAUUUUUUGGUUUUGUUUUGUUUUGUUUUUCUUCAUUUUUUUUGUUUUUCCUUGUCCUUGACAUUUCAUUUUUUUUUCCUCUGAGUUUUUUUUUUUUUUUUGGAAUCGGUAUCAAGACAGAAUGGACAUUUUAAAAGAAAAACGGAUGGUGACGUGAUUUUUUUUUUUUUUUUUAAAUCACUGCACAGCAGAAAAUGCAAACAGGACCGCCGCUGUCUGCAAGGACGAUCAUGACAACCCCGCCCUUCACUGGGACCAGCACAAGCAUCAAGGCCUACACACACGUUUACCAUUUCCUCUCUUCUUUCCUCUCUCUUUCUCUCUCUAUCUCUCUCUUUCUAUCUUUCUCACCUCUGACUACUUUGCUCUCACCUCUUCUCUCGUCUUUACAGAUACAUGUAUUUUAUUUAGAAAGAAAAGAGAGAUUUUAUUCUUGGCAUAUACAGAAAAUGAUGCAUUAUGGAAAACAAACAAAAAAAAAGAAUUGGUGUGUGUCUUUACGCUGAAAUGAGGCAAUGACAUGCACAUCUUUUUGUAAAUAGAUGUACACACGUAUUAAGGUUAUCAUGUUUUUGGGGGUGGGGGGGCUUUGUGUGCGUGUGCGUGUGUGUGUGUGUGUGUGUGUGUCUUUGAGGUUUGUAGAGGAACUGAUUUCAAGAGUUGCUUUUAGCUACGGGCAUGGAGGCUAAAAUUUGUGGAAUCGACAUUUUGGGGGUUUAGAAAUGUGUGUUUGUGGUGUGUAUGCAAAGUGUGUGUGUGUGUGUGUGUGUGUGUGUGUGUGUGUGUGUGUGUGUGUGUGUGUGUGUGUGUGUGUCGCUAGGCUCUUCUGUAUAAAUCUGACGACCUACAGAGCCAACCCCACGCUCCCCCUCCCGUAUUUUGGGCAGAACAAGAUGUCCUGAGUUGUUAGAAUUUCGUUUGUGUUCGCUUUUCGUUUAGUUUAACUGCUCUCGUCCAGUCAUGCUUUUGCCCAACCUGUGUGUGUGUGUGUGUGUGUGUGUGUGUGUGGAAGAGAUAGUGGGAGAAAGAGAGAAAGCAUGAAUGAAAAUGUUUUUUGUUUGUUUGUGAGAAUCUAUGGCGUUACUAAGCAGUCUUUUGUGUGUGGCCACCCGUAAGAGAAGUCCCUGUUGUUCUGCGUUUGGGGCCUGGGCCCAGGUAACAUUGAGGAUUGUAAACAUUGGAUUAAAUCAGCGUUUGGGGCACCUCGCACCCUCCUGGAAAUGGUUUGGUUUGCACUCUUACGAUGUGUUUCAAAAGGUCACAUUCCUACCACAAGUCCUUCAAAUUCUUUUUCAUGAGAAAUUAGAAGGUGUGUGUGUGUGUGUGUGUGUGCGUGCGAGAGAGAGAGAGUGUGUGUGAGUGUGUGUGUGAGUGUGUGUGUGUGUGUGCGAGAGUGUGUGAGACGCAACACAGUUUGCCUGCUCUGGGGUGUGUGUGCUUCUCUUCCCCGCCCCAUCUCUCUUGCUUUUGUAUCCAGCUUCUCUGAGCGCCUCUCGUCAGGUCUAGGGGCCUUGCAUGUCAUUGUACAGCGUGUGUCCGUCAUUCCUUUGAACUGCAUUUCAUAGGGCCCUGGCGACAGCACCCACCCAACCCCACAUACACACACACACACACACACACACACACACACACACACACACACACACACACACACACACACACGUGAGCCCCUCAAUGGGGUCCCCUACAUGGACAUUGGCACAAAGAUUAGAGGAGGAUAAUCCUAGAUGACAAAAGAGGACCCCCCCCCCCCCAACCCCCUCCCAGCUGAAAAGGACAGUGGUAACCUGGGAACCUCUUUGGCUGUUUCUAUUCAAAUUUGUUUGUUUGUUUGUUUGUUUUUGGGAUGGACCUCCCCUCCCUCCAGCAGAAUGUUGCAUUUAUCCCCCCCCCCGAACACACACACACACACGCGCACACACAGAUGUGGUGUUAACAAUGGCUGACUAGAGGUUACAUGACCGACCCUAGAGUCUCGUCACACCUCCCUCCAUCUCGAGCAACAUGGCUGAUCAGCUGGUAACCAUGGAUACGGACCCAUACCCACCACCACAUCUGCAUCUCCCAUACUUCUCCGUACACCCCUGCCCAACCCCCACCCCCCACCCCCCACCCACCUACCCACCCCAUGGAUGUUACCAGGCAAACAUACGCAAACACACAACAACAAAGGUGGAUCUUCAUAAACAAGAACACACUGACUAUGAUGAUGACGGUGAUUAUUACGUACAACCAAACUUCCUUUUUUUAUCGAAAGAUUGCUCUUGGUUUAUCGCCGUUUGUAAUAUUAUUUUUUUUCCACUUAGUACUGUAGAGUUUUAUUUUAUACUCAUCUGCCCCCCCCUUGCCCCUGCCCCCGCCCCCUUGCCCCUCCUCUCCCCUCCUGCCCCUCUCCACCUUCCACCAGGGGGGCAAAUGGCUCUGUUGGUGUUCUUCUUCAAACAUUACAGCCAAAAUGGAUUCUGUACAAAAUUCAAAAAGAGCAAAAAAAAAAAUGUUCAAAAAAUGAAGUGAAAUGAGUAAAUAAAUAAAGAACUGUGUAGUGAAACAUAUGGAUCCUGACGAGCUGUACUGGAAACAUUUCAUUCCCCCCUCUAAACCCCCCCUCCCUCCCCUCAAACCUAACCCAGCUCCCAAUGCCCCCCCCCCCUUCCCCCAAG